CGGCUGCGGGGCGAGAAAUUGAGCGGCGGCGCCUCCGCCGGGGCAGGUGUCGCGUCUGGUGCGCUUGGCGCCCGGCUCGCUCUUUGCGAGCGUCUUCGCAGGGAACUUUGGCCAACGGAGUUGGGCGUCGAGGGGAAUACCUGAAGAAUUCCUCGCCGUUCCCACGAUGGGAAGGCAUGCCUGAGUGGCCUGGCCUGGCGUGAAGCGAGGAGCCGCCCAGAAAUUUCGGCGCCCCGCGAGCGAGAGGGCCGGCCGAGGAAGGAAGGCACGCUGCGCCUGGCGGGGGAGCGCAAGCCGCCGCUCUCGCCCAGCGUCACCCGGCGCCGCGAGCUCGCCGCCCCACGCCCUGACAGGAGCGGUUCCCAGGCAUUUCCGAGGCUCGCUUUCGUCGCCCACCGCAGGGCAGCAAGAACAUUGGUUUGCUUUUCUGCAGAACAUCUAAGCAUGAUUUCCCAUUAGUGCUUAGUUGGUUCACCUUAUGAGCAAGCUGCAGCCUCAGCUUCACAGGGGCAAAGAAAAACUUGCUUUCUUCUACAUCUUCGAUCUGGCUUGCUGAGCCAAAUAAUUUAUUGCUCGCCAAGACUGAAUUACUCUGCUUCUCCCCAUUCCUGGGCUUCAAGUUGCCUUCAUCUCUUAUUCUCAUUUGCCCUCUUGACAUCAAAGGACUGAAACAGCCAUGGGCUGUUUCUGUGCAGUCCCAGAGGAAUUUUAUUGUGAAGUUCUGCUUCUGGAUGAAUCCAAAUUGACCUUAACCACCCAGCAGCAGGGAAUAAAGAAGUCCACCAAAGGGUCGGUUGUCCUAGGCUACGUAUUCCGGCAUUUAAACCUUGUGGAGAUAGAUUACUUUGGACUGCGUUACUGUGACAGAAGUCACCAGACGUACUGGCUGGAUCCAGCAAAGACCCUUACGGAACAUAAGGAACUCAUAAACACUGGUCCGCCAUAUACACUUUACUUUGGUGUUAAAUUCUAUGCAGAAGAUCCAUGCAGACUAAAGGAAGAAAUCACCAGGUAUCAGUUUUUCUUACAAGUGAAGCAGGAUGUCUUGCAAGGACGCUUGCCUUGUCCUGUCAACAUUGCUGCACAGCUGGGAGCUUAUGCAGUGCAGGCUGAACUUGGAGACUAUGAUCCAUACAAGCACACCCCAGGUUAUGUUUCAGAAUACCGCUUUGUACCAGACCAGAAGGAAGAACUAGAAGAUGCUAUAGAACGGAUACACAAAACUUUGAUGGGUCAUGUUCCAGCUGAGGCAGAAUUGAACUACCUAGGAGUGGCAAAGACACUUGAGAUGUAUGGAGUUGAUCUUCACCCUGUCUAUGGUGAAAACAAGUCUGAAUAUUUUGUAGGAUUAACCCCUGUAGGAGUGGUUGUCUACAAAAAUAAAAAGCAAGUAGGAAAGUAUUUUUGGCCUAGAAUUACAAAGGUCCACUUCAAGGAAACUCAGUUUGAGCUCAGAGUUCUGGGAAAAGAUUGUAAUGAAACAUCAUUCUUUUUUGAAGCACAAAGCAAAACUGCAUGCAAGCAUCUAUGGAAAUGCUGUGUAGAACAACAUACAUUCUUCAGAAUGCCAGAAAAUGAGUCUAAUUCUCUAUCAAGAAAACUUGGCAAACUUGGAUCUCUUGGCUAUAAGCAUCGGUUUAGUGGGAGGACAGCUUUUCAAAUGAACAGAGAUCUUUCUGUCCAGCUUCCUCGACCUGACCAAACAGUUGAAAGAAGUCGUAGCAAAACAUAUCCAAAAAGAGCAUCAAAACCACAACAGAUUGGAUCUCAUUCUACAAACCAGGUUAAUGCACAUAGAGAAACUGGAGAAAAUGAAGGAACUACCAAAAUUAUUGCUCCCUCACCAAUGAAAAGUUUUAAGAAAUUAAGAAAUGAGAGCAGUCCAGAAACCCAAAGAAGUAAAACCAAUGCACCAUGGGAAGAAAAUGGCCCACAAAGUGGACUUUACAAUUCUCCCAGUGACCGCAACAAAUCACCAAAAUUUCCAUAUUCACGUCGACAUCACCCUUCAGGUGGGAGUGAAAAUGAACCAGGACAACCACUUAGAAGAAGAUCCCGAUCCCGUUGUAAUACCAGCAGUGGGAGUGAAUCAGAAAAUUCUAAUAGGGAACAUCGGAAGAAGAGACAUAGGUUACGGCAGGAGAAUGACAUGGUUGAUUCAGCUCCUCAGUGGGAAGCCGUGCUGAGGAGGCAAAAGGAGAAAAACCAAUCUGAGUCCAACCACCGGCGAUCCAGGCACAGAUCUCGAUCGAGAAGUCCAGAUGUGCAAGCCAAAGAAGAACUAUGGAAACACAUUCAAAAGGAACUUGUGGAUCCAUCUGGCCUCUCUGAGGAACAGCUAAGAGAGAUUCCAUAUACUAAAAUUGAGACUCAGGGUGACCCUGUUCGUAUUAGACACUCCCAUUCCCCUCGCAGCUAUCGCCAGUAUCGAAGGUCCCAGUGCUCUGAUGGAGAGAGAUCUGUUUUGUCAGAAGUGAAUUCAAAAACAGACCUUGUACCUCCUUUACCUGUAACCCGUUCCUCAGAUGCUCAGUGCCCCAGCAUUGCAGUUUCUCAACAGAGGCGGAAUGGAUCUAAGGACAGUCUGAUAGAAGAAAAGGCACAAGCAGCCAUCAGUACGCUGGAUGGAAAGCAUAGCGCUAAGACAAUAAAAAUUGUACAAGCACCACGACUUAAGAUAGAGACUUGAUUCCUUAAGAGAAGAUGGCAAGUGGAUGCUGCUUCUUGAAUGAAUUUGCAAAUG